UUUUAGCAAUAUUAUUUUGUUAAAUGCGUACGAGGAGAGUAAACAAUCAAGCUAUGAUUUCGGCCUUUGUCACUGAAUGUCAACAGCUUGUUGAGGGAGCACGCAACAAAAAUGACAGAUUACAGCUAUUCUCUCCGGGCCGUCGAUACCUUAUCAAUAAAGGCGUGCGCUGGAUACACCUGCCCGACACAAUUCCCAUUCAUAAAAAUGCACGGCCCGCGUGAAAUAUUUACUUAUCGCCGCAUCCCCUGCGGAGGGGGCGCAGGCGCUUCAAAGCAAACAACACCCCAAAUACACGUCCAUCUAGUUGCUAGGUGACCGGGACACCAAACAAUGUGCUCUGAAGAUGGCAAAAAAACCUCUUGGCCCCAAUUCUCCACCACCACCUCGAGGGAGGGGUGAAAAUAAGAGUGGACAUGACUUGACCAUUCUCAAGACCGAACUGGAACACGAAAAAAGACUGAGGAGGACAAUAUUGUGGUCCAACCGCGAACUGCAAAGGAUUGUUUACGAAUUGGAAGAUGAGAUAAUUCAAUUGGAUUCAGAAGAUCCAGAUCUGCCCGACCCUGGUAAUGAGUGGUGGGUUAGAUUAGUAGCGCAGAACGAAAUCAACAAACAACUAGAACAGCAGAAAAAGUGGCUGGAGCUGGAGUUAGAACAAAUAAUUAAACAGAAAGAAGCCCGUCCUCCUAAAACCAUGAAUUUUGACUUAGAUUUGCUCACUGAGACUGAACUAAUUAGAUUAGUAAAACGGCUUGAGAGGCAGCGCACUGACAUGUACAGCACCUUAAGAAAUUUAGAAUGGAGACUUGAUCGUGAAGGGAGAGAGCAUCAGCGCUUAGCAGAAAUGAAAACGAUGCAGCAAGCUGAGCUCUAUCACUACACGAAGACACUAGACCGGCUCAACAAACAGUCGCAGAGGGCAACAAUAAAUAGCAAUUUUGCACCUUCCAUCAAGUUGAUAUCUGACCCAAAAUUGCCUCCAUUAGAUAUAGUUCAGCCUCCAGCAUCAACUUCAAAAUGGGGUCAAUCUUCUGAAACAAAGAGAACGUUCAACCCAAACAAGGGACCAAUUAGAAGAACCGCGGGAGUUAGAAAUUUGCCUAAACUCCAAGAUAAGAAAUCAAUUAUAACGACACCCAGGGGAAAAAUUGACAAAAGAACGCGCAGAAUUAAGUCGGGGAAUAAGCAGGAAAAGAGAAAGGAAGAUUCAAGAUCAGCAACCAAAACCAAUGAAGAAACCCCAAAAGCGGAAGAAAGCAACUCUACCAAAGGCUCAGCCUCAACUAACCGAGAAAAGUCGGAUCAAGGUGAUAAGGAAAAGGGCAAAUCUGAAGUUGCAGAUGCGGAUCAAGAACUAUCGAAACAGUUAUCGGAAAAGCUAGAAAUCACGGAAGACAGUACAAAAGAUAAAAAUAGCAGUAAAGAGGAAAAGUCAAAUAAAGCUGGCGGGGAUGGAAAGAAAGGUGGGAAGGAUAAAGACCAAUCGGGGGAAAAGAAACAAUCAAAGGAAAUUGAAUGUAAUUAAAUUUGCACAAUUAAUGAAUUUAUGUUAUAUUUAAGUACAUACAAAUUAUUGACCUUUCAAAAUCAAUAUCCUUGAUUCCUUUCAAGAAAAAUACUAGAGGUCAUGAUGUGAUUAAAUUUAAACUUAACCUGAUGAGCAAAUCAACACAAUAAAAGAGGGAAUUACUUCGCAUAUUUUUACUCAAGGUUGUCAAAAAAAUUGGCUUCCUGCCCCCAAGCAAAAAUGAUGGA